AUGAAUCGUGUUCUCUCUGCCACUUCUUGGUGUUUUGCUUUGUCCGCUUUUGCCGUCUUGCCGCCCGGCUACUGCAGUCGGCUUGCCAUUCGGAAAGAGUCGACGCCGGACAAUCUGUCGCCACAAACCCAUUCGGCCGUGCCUGUCGGCGACCUUGAGUUUAGAAUGUUCUGUCCUGACAAACCUGAUGGCCUGUCUUCAAUUGGCUUAUCCUUAUUCCCGGCUCUUUCGGCAUUAUUCUGCGGCCUAACUCGCAUUUUGAAAUCAAAGCGCUCAAUCUUCAACUCCGGGCGGUAA